AUGCUCGUCAGAGAAAACGUCGAAAAAUGGUCGGAUUUUGACCCUGUAGCAUCUUCGACGUCUUUAGAAAAAGGGGCCUAUGCCAAGUUUUCUGGUGCACCGCUGAAGUUACUGAAGACUAACAAUCCUGUUAGGACACCUUCAGGACAUUUGCCAGUUUUGAGACACGAAGGCAAAAAGAUUACUAAGGCAAAGGAGAUUGUCAACUACCUGAGGCAGCAGAAUUAUGGAGCAGACUUUGAACUGAGCUCCCUAGAAAGUAGUGAAGUUUUGGCAUACAUAUCAUUAUUGGAACACAAGCUUGCUCCUGCGUUGGUCUAUAUGCAGUGGGUAGACGAGCGAAAUUACACAGAAGUCAUUCACCCAUGGUUUCGUCAGAAUUCCCCGUUCCCGUUUAAUUUUUACGUGCCUACAAUGAGGCACAGGCGAUCCCAAGCAAGAGUGGCUCACACUGUUGGGGAACACAUUACUGAGAGCAAGCAACUAGAGGAUAAGGUUUGCAGAGAUGCACAACAGUGUCUUAACCUUUUAACAACCAGAUUAGGAGAUGAGGAAUUCUUCAAUGGUGACAUGCCGGCCAUGUUGGAUGCUAUAGUUUUCGGCUAUCUCGCACCUCUACUAAAGAUUCCCUUGCCAAACAACCGACUGCAGAAUCACCUGAGAGGUUGUGAGUCGCUGUGCAACUUUGUCAAGCGAGUGCUGUUGCGCUAUUUCCCCCAAUCUCCAGAAGAGAUGGAAGAGGAGAGGAAACUGAAGGAGGAGCAGCAGAAGCGAGACGUGGAGGCAUUGGAGUUUCCACACCGGCGACGCAACAAGGUGCUCGCCGCCCUGUUCGCACUCACCGCCAUGAUCGGCUACGCGCUCGUCACGGGCAUUGUACAGGUGGAGAUAGUCGACGAGGACAGGAGCGGUGAUGAUGAACUCGAUGAAGACGUCGAUUUUGCUAAGAAUGACAGGGACCAGUAGACAACGUGCAGGCCAGCUGCGCGCAUGACGUCACGUGCGGGUGUGCACGCGUUCCUAGGACGUCACGCUAGAUGACGUCGGUCACACUGAAGGCGAUCAUUGCGCGCGUUCUGGUGACGUCACCGACCGCGUGCGAGCGGUUAGCAGAAGCAGCCGUAGAUAUAUAUUGUCGUCUUUCGUAGCCACGCCGUAGUGCGCGAACGUGAAAGUCUGCGUUAAAGACGUUGGUAUUAUGAAUUUAGAGCUACUACUAAAUGUAGUCAGUGCGCCGGUGUUUGAUUCGGACUGUUGUUUCUUCUGCUAUAUAUAUUACAUGUGAAAGGCUCACAUUGUCGAAGUUCAGUUUAGUCGAACUAAGUGGCUGCAUUGUGCAGCAUUGCUACUACGGUCUACCGGUGACUUUAGAGAUCGUUCGUGCUACGUACAUUUUCACAGUCUACUAACACUGAGAAAUAAAUGAUCAUAGACUAAUGUGACAGAUGA